GCCAGAACAGACCAGAACGAGCCCGAUCGCCAUUCCCCGCCGCCUCCAGCCUCCUGCGACCCGGAUCGCGUUCCGUUCCUCCAGCCGAGGGAUCCCCAACCCUAGCCCGGCAACAGUCCGCGCGGCGGCGAUGGCGUCGUUCUCGGAGGCGCCCCCCGGGAACCCCGCGGCCGGCGAGAAGAUCUUCAAGACCAAGUGCGCCCAGUGCCACACCGUCGACAAGGGCGCCGGCCACAAGCAAGGGCCUAACCUGAAUGGUCUGUUUGGGAGGCAGUCUGGCACAACUGCUGGAUACUCUUACUCUACGGCCAACAAGAGCAUGGCUGUGGUUUGGGAGGAGAAAACACUGUAUGACUACCUGCUUAAUCCGAAGAAGUACAUCCCUGGAACUAAGAUGGUGUUCCCUGGACUGAAGAAGCCCCAGGAGCGUGCUGACCUCAUUGCAUACCUGAAGAGUGCCACAGCUUGAAAGGGCUUUGCUUUGCUGCUAUGGUUCUAAUGUUAAUAAAAAUAGACAUUGCCACGGUGUCACUCUGGUUUGACGGGGUGCAUUGCCGAGACAUAAGAGUUUGGUACUAGCAUUUCUCCUUACCUUGUUUUCUUCAGCAAAAUGCACUGCUAUAACGGCCGUUUCUCAGGCCUGUUGUGAACCUGUUGUUGUUGUUGAUGGUCAGUUUGUGCAUUUGGUUGGGCAGCGGAUCUCAAGUAUCGUGCGCCGCAUACUCUUCAUAAUUUUCUUUAGCGCAUAAUAUACUUGUA